AGGGUUUAGGGACUCAGGUGAGUCACGGUCUAGAACCACCAACGAUUUUCCGCCGUUUCCGCCAACAACCACAACACCGCCAACAUCAUUGCUGCCUCGUUCUUGAAGUGCUGUACAUGUACCGUACCGUAUACCCACUGCUAUUUUAUCAACUUGGUUGGAUAAUAAUAUCGUAUAUAUAACCAUGGGAAAGCGAAAGUCCAAGACAUCCAAGCAAAAACAAGCCAAGGCGGCUGCCAAGUCGCUCAAGAGUCGCAUCAUCAAGGAACCACACCAGUCCACGGUCAGUGUUCCGGUAGUGACAAAGAAGAAGAAAAAGGCAGAUGCCACGUAUUGUGAAACUGCCGAAUUCAAGCGACAACAAGCCAGUAUGCAAGAACGACACUUGGCCGAAGAGCAACACAAGAAGAAAAUGAAGACGAAAAAGAAAAAUGGCAAGAAAAAAAUAUUUGGCGGAUUUCAAUUCCAAGCGCCCACGCUGAUUGUGGACGAUGCCAAAAAGACCACCACACAGCUCAUGACGGAAAUCACCGCGCGUGCACAAGGAUGGGAUGGAAUUAGUCCACAACAACAACAGCAGCAACAACAACGACAACACACUGCCAUUAGUCUCCAGCAAGUCUUUUCCAAAUCCACGCUCCAACAAGAACGCGAAGCAAAACAACGGAAAAAGCGGAAUGCCUCCAAUCGAUUUUCGGUAUUGCACAUGGACGACGAUGAUGACGACGAUGAUGAUACAACCAACCAAAAGACGAAAACGGACAAACCGUCGUUUCAAUUUGCCCCUGCCACCUUUCAAUUUACGCCUGCUAGUUUCUCCGUGGGGACAACAGCACCAACAACAGUCAUGGACGAUUUUGUGGAUCCAGAUCUGUAGUAUAUCAAGGAGACAUCUAUGUAUUGCAACCAACUAUUGCCAGUAGUGUAGCCAGAGCUUGAUGUGAAGGAAUCUCAGGGCUGCCCUGGUCUACAACUACCCGUCAAAGUCGCUAGAUUUCCUCUUGCGUGGUUUUGUGUACUAACUAAAAGCGAUUACAAAGACUUUAUAAUCACCCGCCUGUUG